UGCGCGCAGACGUGCGUCCCGUGAAUCAGUGCAGUAUCGAUAAAGUGCAGUGAUUGUGUUUGUGCUAACAUCAUCUCUCUAUCGUACUGAUAGAGAAAUAGAUGGGGAAUUAAAAUGGAUAUAAUUGUCUCUUUUCUUCGCUUGAUGGCGUAGAGAACCAGUCAGAGAUAUCCAUCACAAAUGCUAUUAAACAAUCUCAUGGAAGGGGAAUCUAUUAGCGCGAAGAAAUUGAUUUCAUCGAUCGAGAGGUUUAACAGCGAAGGCAGAGAACACGGCACUAUCAAGGCUCUAAUCAAGAACUUUAUUUUACCAGAAACAGACAUGGCCGUUAAAGACAAACACGAUGAUAGAGACAGAUGUGUAUAUACAAUACCCAUACAAUCUUCAUUGUCACCAAAAAAAUCGAGGCCAACAAUGAGUGACGCGAAACAAGCCUUCCUUAAUUCUACAGUUAAUACACCUUCAAGGAAUUUUGAUGUUGAACCUACAUUACAUUAUGCGCAAAUUGCAAUCACAACAGAUAGCGAAGAUACCAGAAGUACAGGUGGAGGAAAAGAUAUUGAACAGACAAAGUGUCACGUAAAAGAACAAGACAAGCAAACGCCAUUUGGUUCACCACAUCACCCAAUUAAUGUAAAGAGAAGAAUAGAGCAACAACAGAGAAAAGUAAGUUUCAAAAUUAAAAACGGCUCCACAGGCUAUAGACGACCACCGUUAGGAACAAAAAAUAUGACGAUAACGAGUAACAAAGUUUCUGAAUUAACCAAGAAAUUCAACGAUUUAAUGAAAGAACCAAAUACGGCACCCAAAACACAAUCUAAGCUGGCAAAGACAAUUGAAGACUUACAAGCAGCAUCCCGAUAUUCUGUCAGCAACAGUUCAACUCCAUCUUCAACUUUGAGCUCUAGUCCUAAUAUUAAAAUUGUUGUCCGACACAGGAAAAGUUCUAAAAAACGGAAUAAUAAAAAACGAUGUUCCAGUAUGGAUUCUAUUGACAAGUUACUUUUAACAGAAGACGCUUCGAGUAAAAUUAGGAUAUUAAGAUCUAAAUCAGAUGGCACCAAAAUACCGAAAUCGCCAAAAAAGAGAUUAAAGUAUCAAGAUUCAAGUGGACAACAGAGCGGUUCUGACUCUGUUGACGGUACACCGACUAAACAAAAGGCUGAUGAUAUAUCGAAUGACGAGAAGGAACCCGAAGAGCUUAAUGUAGUCAAGAAUGUUAUAAAGAAAUUCGAAUGUGAGAUUAAUGCACAAUCAAAUUUCAAUGGCACUAUUAAAAAACAAAAUAACCAGUCUGAAAGCAAUACAAAUACAAUUGUACGAAAAGAAAAACCAAAAGUACCUGAAAAGAAAUCAUCACUAGUUUUAACAAAAAAUCUUGUACUUAAAGAUGGUGUGCCAAAAAUUAAGACAAUCAAAACAAAUUUAGGAGACGCCGUUACGAGAAAAGAUAACAACAUACCUAGUAUUGACAUAAACAAAAAGAAAGAACCCAUUUACGACAGAAAGAAAUUUAAAACUAAUUACAUACAUCCAGAGAAACUUACAUUACAUCCUGUGGAAAUCAUUCAAGAAGACAUAAAUGAAUCUUCAGAAUCUAAAACUGUUUCACACGAACAAACUAUAACCAUUACAAGUAACACGUGCAAAGAAGAUGAAAAAGACAUCAAUUCAAGCAUUACUCCUAACGAAUCUUUUCUCUGGCGCCGAAAAGGUAGCACUCAGGUUUAUUCUGACUGUGAUAAAGCAUUUUCCGAAGGUCCUUAUGGUUUUGUUAGCAUAACUAUUAAUGAAAACACUAUGUCAUAUGAACAAGAAAAUAAUACUUCAAACGAAUCUCAAGAUAUUGAAAACAACGAAUCUCAUAAUGAAACUUUAACAGUUAAUAUCAAAAAUGAUUCUAACACCGAUUUCGAAAGCAAUCUAGUCGAGGCUUAUAACAAGGAAGUUCUCGUCGGUUUUACUUCCAAACCAAAAAAAGAAGAGGUAGUCGAAGACGACUAUGAAAUAUUAGAACCGAGAGACGCGGAUAAUGUAGUAAUAAUUCCUAUUAAAAGUAUAGAUAGAACGUCGAAAAUAAACUGUCCUCUUCCUGAAAUACCAAAACAGGAAUGUCAGUUAUCGCCGUCUAUAAAAUCAAAAGAGGAAAACAUAUAUCAAACUCUUUUAGAAGCUAGAUCCCACCCAGAGGGAGACGAAAGUAGUCUACAUAAUUAUGAGCUUUGUUUUAAUCAAUUAGAAGAGAGAACUCGAGGGGACGGCGACAGUGACGAUGGCUAUGAGUACUGUAAAUCGCCCAUCAAACCAUACUGCGUCACUUCCAGCUCGGGCAUACAAAUAGCUGAGGACUAUCGACCUUACGGCCCACAAGACAACACGAAAAACUAUGCUAUUACAAAGUCAGUCAGCGGUACGUCCACUGAAAGUUACGAAAAGAUCGGCACGGGAAGGAUAUACGAAAAAAUUCCUACCAAAGUUGAAUCAAACCAGAGUAGUCCAGACUACAGCAGUAGACAUUCUUUUGUAUCAUCAAACUACACAGGUUAUAAUGACGGUGAGAACAUUUACGACACAAUCAAGCAGGCAGACAGUACAUCACUAUCACAUUGCUACGAAAGCAUUCCAAACAGUCCGAGCAUGGUAAAACUAAGAAACAGUUUAAAGAAGCAGCUGGCUAGUGCGGUUCAGAAGCGCUUAUCCUUCGAUAACGUGUCCAACAUUAGCCAGUCAACGUUGUCCAGCGAGCAGAAGACCAAUAGUAUCUACGGGCAGCGGUCUGUCUUGAGCUACAACGGGCAGGAGAUCGCCUUCCAAGUGCCGAGCAGUACGACGAGUGACAGGAGUGAUCGCAGCGACGACUGGGUCGAUGUGUCCGAUGAGGAAAAAACUGAUGAGCAGAAAAUUGUUAUGUAA